AUGCUUCCCAUCAGAAGAAGCGUGGCUCUUCAGGCCACGAGAGGCUGCCGCAGCAUCCUCCAACGACAGCUCGUCUCCUCGUCGCGAACGUUCCGCCCCAGCUUCUACACGACCUCUGCUCGCCUCCGUCAGAAUGCUCUCCAUUCCCAAACCGAGACCGGCCCCACCGCAACGGACUUCCUCGUCUCCAAGCCGAUCUCCAAGAUCGAGAACCCGCAGACCUUGACCGAGAAGAUUGUCCAGCGAUACUCGGUUGGCCUUGCUCCUGGCAAGAAAGUCCGCGCAGGCGACUAUGUCACAAUCAAAACCGCCGCGUGUAUGACGCACGACAAUUCUUUCCCCGUAGCCAAGAAGUUCAUGGGACUCGGCGCUGAGAAGAUUCACGACCCCCGCCAAAUCGUCAUGACUCUGGAUCACGACGUGCAGAACAAGAGCGAGGCGAACCUCACGAAAUACAGACUCAUCGAGGAGUUUGCUAACAAGCACGGCGUUGAUUUUUACCCUGCCGGCCGUGGUAUUGGUCACCAGAUCAUGGUCGAGGAGGGCUACGCCUGGCCAGGCACCAUGGCUGUAGCAUCCGACAGCCACUCGAACAUGUACGGCGGUAUUGGCUGUCUAGGAACCCCGGUGGUACGGACCGAUGCUGCCUCUAUUUGGGCCACCGGUCGUACUUGGUGGCAGGUCCCUCCCAUCGCCAAGAUAACCUUGACUGGAGUCCUGCCUCCUGGAGUCACCGGCAAGGACGUCAUCGUCGCUCUGUGCGGUCUGUUUAACAAGGACGAGGUUUUGAACCACGCCAUUGAAUUCACCGGCUCUGAAGAGACCAUGAGAAGCCUCUCCAUCGAUGAGAGACUGACCAUUGCGAACAUGUCUACCGAGCAUGGAGCCUUGUCAGCGCUUUUCCCGAUUGACUCGACCCUCAAGGCCUGGCUGAGGUCUAAAGCAACCGUCUCGGCCAUGAUGAGCCCGGGUGGCAAGGCACACAGCCGCUGGAGCCAUGAACGCAUCGACAGCCUCUUCGAGAAUCCCGUCGCUGCUGACCCCGGCGCGACAUAUGCCAAGUCGCUGUACAUGAACCUUUCUACACUGUCACCUUUCGUAGCUGGUCCCAACUCGGUCAAGGUUGCGACCCCUCUCAAGGACCUCGAGGCCCAGGAUAUCAAGAUCAACAAGGCCUACCUUGUCUCGUGUACGAAUUCCCGCGCCUCCGAUAUUGCAGCUGCAGCCCGUGUCUUCCGCGAGGCCGCUAAGAACGGCCAAUCCCCCAAAAUUGCGCCCGGUGUCAAUUUCUACUUGGCUGCUGCAUCUAGUCUCGAGCAGCAGGCUGCCGAAGAAGCCGGUGACUGGCAGGUUCUUCUCGAGGCGGGCGCAGAGCCCUUAGUAGCGGGCUGUGGACCUUGUAUCGGUUUAGGGACUGGGCUUUUGGAGCCCGGCGAAGUUGGCAUCUCGGCGAGUAACAGGAAUUUCAAGGGCCGCAUGGGCUCUACCGAAGCCAAGGCUUUCCUGGCUAGCCCCGAGGUUGUGGCUGCCAGCGCUUUGCAAGGCAAGAUUGCCGGCCCUGGCUGGUAUCAGAAGCCGGAGGGAGUCGAUAAGGUUAUCAUCGGCGAGGGCGUCGGCGACAUGACUGCUGACAUCGCAACGUCCAUUGAGGAGGCCCUAGAGAAGCUCAUCUCUCAGGCCGACGGCCUCAUCGCCGAGUCAGAGAAGGAGUUCUCUGGCGCCCCUGCCGGAGAGACCGCGGCUGCUGAGGGCGAAGAGAAGCUUACGGACGUUCUUCCUGGCUUUCCCGAGAAGGUUGAGGGUGAAAUCGUCUUCUGUGAUGCUGACAACCUCAACACUGACGGAAUCUACCCUGGCAAGUACACCUACCAGGACAACGUCUCGGUCGAGAAAAUGGCCGAGGUGUGUAUGGAGAACUACGAUACCGCCUUCCGCGACAUUGCCAAGGCCGGCGACAUUCUCGUGUCUGGCUUCAACUUCGGCACCGGCAGCUCGCGCGAGCAGGCGGCGACGGCGAUCCUGGCCAAGAAGAUCCCGCUCGUGGUGGCGGGCAGCUUCGGCAACAUCUUCAGCCGCAACAGCAUCAACAACGCGCUCAUGGGUGUCGAGGUGCCCAAGCUCGUGCAGCGGCUGCGCGAGACGUUCAAGGAGGAGGGUGACAAGAAGGUGCUGACGCGCCGCACCGGCUGGAAGCUGCUGUGGGACGUGCGGAGGAGCAAGGUCACCGUCACGGAGAAGGGCGGCGAGAUCUGGAGCGUCAAGGUCGGCGAGCUGCCGCCCAACGUGCAGGAAAUCAUUGCCCGCGGCGGCCUGGAGCAGUGGGUCAAGGCCGAGAUUGAGAAAUAA